AUGUCACGUUACGCCCCCGUCUCCUCUUCCUCUGACCAGACCCCACCCGCCACCCCCUCCCGACGAACAUCCUUCCAUUCCAUCCGAUCAUUCCGACUGACUCCCAAUCGCAAUCAUACGAGGGGAGGUAUACCCGAUCCAGAUGAGAUGGACGCAGCGUUCGAUGGGCCAGAUGGAGAAGGUGAAGAUGAUACGGAGAAUCACGGGUUGUUAGGCAGAGAUCGUACGCUCAAUGCUGCGAGUGGCAGGGAUGAGAGAAUGCCGGGUGACUAUGAUUUUGAGAGAGAUUAUACCCUUCCACCAUCCUCACCCCCACCAUUCCAACCUUAUUCAUCGCAUAAUCCCGCACCGGGCAAUACGAACGGUAUCAUCCCCACCGCACCCACCUAUCACCCAACACCACCACAGCGAAGACAUUUCUUAGGUGGAUUGUUACCUUCCUCCUUUCUUCCGCGUCAUGCCCCGAAUGGUUCUCCAGCGUCUAGGAUAAUGGGUGCGGGAUCAUCUGGAGUAUUUGGAAAUUUAGCUGCGAGACCGGAUACGACAAAUCAGAAUGGUAAUAGGGAUGAAGGCGAUUAUGUACCGGAGGAUGAACAGAAGGAGGGUCCACCUUCAUAUCAAGCUGCUCUCAGAGACGCUGUACCUCCGUACUGGGAUACGACUGUCGUCUUACCGUCUUCGUCGUCACCCUUUGGACCGUUGUCGAGCUCGGUGAGCGGUGAUGAGAUUCUCAUAGAUGGUAUGCCCGGUGGUAACUUCUUUGGCUUUUUCUGGAAUAUGAUCGUAUCAUUCUCCUUCCAAUUUGUCGGUUUCCUCCUCACUUACGUCCUCCAUACAACUCAUGCCGCCAAAUACGGUUCUCGUGUCGGUCUUGGUAUGACCCUCAUCUCCAUUGGUCUCAACCUCCGUUCGAAAGCUGAAGAUCUGAUCAACACCGGACGAUUCCCCUCCGAUCCAUCCGAUCCUGAUCCGCCUGCCGGCACACCCUCAGUCGCAGACGAAGAUGCCCUAGCUGAAAAUGCCAUUGAGGCUAUCUGGGGACCAGGUGGACCAUGGCCUUACCCCGUUCACGAACCUAACGAACCCGAUGGACCGAUCACGAUAUUGCACAAUACCCAGGAAGCUGAAACUUGGGCUCAUCGACAUAAUAUGACUCUAGCUGGAUUUAUGGGAUUACCCAAUGCCGAAGAUGUAGGAAGGGCCAAUGAGUAUUUCAGUUUCUUGAUGAUGUCCAUCGGAUGGUUCAUCGUCUUGACUAGUUUGGGUGGAUGGUGGAGAGUGAAAAGGUUUGAAAGAGGUUUGAAGAAUGCUCAGAGGGAGAGGGAGGCUGCUCAAGCUGCUGCGAACAACAAUAGGAAUAAUUCGGAUGGGAGUACGACGGAACAAGUUGGAGAAGAAGAGAAUUUGGAAACUAUCACUACUUCUCCUACACGCAAUGAAGAACCCCGACCGACAGAGAUUAGGUAUUAUACUGCGCCGAUCACGCAGGCAUGGCAAGGUGUUAGAGUUCUCCAGAGAGGUUUCUUAGGUAUGAAUGGAAGACCCCUGGGAGGUAGAAAUAGGAAUGGACAUACGCCGUUGAAUCAGGAUGAUCCGGAUGGAGACCUUCAUGAUGAACACGAAUUAUUGGAUGCUCAAGGGUUUGGUCUCGGUCCGAUGGCUCAUGAUGACGCAGCGAGAGGAGACGACUAUCCUGGAAGAGAAAGGAGGAAUAAUGGUGGAUUAUGGGGUGUAUAG